CAGCUGCAUCGACCAAUCUCCGCCACUAGAUGGAUCCCGGGACUUGGCAUGCAGAAUUGGAGGCUGCAAGCAGGAGUGGAGAUGCUGAAGAACAGAAGAACUGUUCGGAAAUUUCAAAGAUUUUUGAGCUUUGUAUUAGCCCAGACAUUCUUGAUCAAUAUUUGGAGAUGUGUCAGAAAGAUGUUUGCACAUGUGAAAGUACAGAGACUUGUGAUGUUUGCACCCAUUUUGAAGAAACAGCACGUCAAUGUACAGCUUGGGAUGGUGAACAAUGGCAAACAUGGCGACAAUCUACAGGCUGUGCUCAGAAGACCUGUCCUGGGAAUCAGGUUCACAAGGAAUGCGGGCCUGCCUGUGUUGCAACCUGUACUAAUCCAAAUUCACAAAUCCAAUGUGAACAGUGUGUGAACACAUGUGAUUGUCCAGCAGGAAUGGUUCUUGACAACAUAAGAAAAACAGACAAUUGUAUCCCGAAAACAGAAUGUCCUUGCAGAAUUGGUGGAUCUAUUUACUUAAGUGGAGAGAGGACAGUUGGCUUUUGCCAUAAUUGCACCUGUAAAAAUGGAGAAUGGGAAUGCCUUCCUCUUAGCUGUCCUCAAUUUUGCAAAUUUGAAGAAGGAAACUAUAUUACAACAUUUGAUGGCAAAAGCUAUCAGUUGAUGGGAGAUUGUUCAUACGUUGCUGCUUUAAUUGAAUAUCAAAUCCAGAAGAAUGGUGUUGUCUAUCUGGAUGGAAUUCCAACGCAAAUCCCAUUGAGGAAAAACAACAUCAACAUCUUUUAUCAGUCCUCGAAUUACAUUCAAGUGUCAACGGAUAAUGGACUCAAAAUGCAACUGAAAAUUGGUCCAAUUGCACAGCUUUAUAUCUCACUUCCUAAUGACGCAAAAGGACUUGUAAGAGGAUUAUGUGGCAACUUUAAUGACAAAGUAGAUGAUGAUUUUCUGUCAUCAGAAAAUAUUGUGGAAGCCACAGCAAUUACGUUCUGUCAUUCUUGGAAGGCUGAGUCGUGUGUUUAUGAAAUUACCCCUCCUGCUCCUUGUGUCAGUUCAGAAAAUGAAAAAUAUGCUAGAGAGCAUUGCUCCCUCUUAAAAGAACAUGGUGGCUAUUUUUCCAUAUGUCAUUCUUCAGUGAAUUACAAGAAAUACUAUGAGAUGUGCGUAGAUGCCGCAUGCACCUGCCAGAACAUUGAUGACUGUAUCUGUGCAGCAUUUGAAGGAUAUGCUCAUGAGUGUGCUGCAAGAGGUAUAAUUGUGGUUAACUGGAGAAAAGAUAUAUGCAGAGUAAAUUGUCCUGAAACUAAUGAGUUCCUGUAUGGUAUGAAAGCCUGCAAUCAGACCUGUAGGUCAUUAGUAGAGCACGAUUUUACCUGUGAUAUUGAAGAUGUCCUUGUCAGUGGUUGUGGCUGUCCUGAAGGAUUGUACCUAGAUGACUUUGGGGACUGUGUGGACAGAUUCAGCUGUCCAUGUAAAAUUGGUGAUACGAUUAUUAAACAUGGCCACGGUACAGCUAUUCAAGGUACCAUUUGCUAUUGUAAAAGUGGAAGUCUCAGCUGUGCUGACCAAAAAUUGAGCACUCCCAAAAUAGAUUGCCAAGGAAAACUAUUUUUGAACUGUACUGAAAAUAAUAAUCAGUGUGUAAAGUCAUGUCAAAAUUUAAAUGUGCCAUGUCCAAGUAAAUGUGUUCCUGCUUGUAUCUGUCCGAAUGGUCAAGUUGAAGAUGAAAAUGGAAACUGCAUUUAUCGUGAAGAAUGCUCUUGUUUAUAUGGUGAUGUCUAUUUUAAACCUGGAGCUGUAAUCCACCAGAAAUGUAACAAUUGUACAUGCAAGGGUGGAUCAUGGGAUUGCUCUAAAAAUCACUGUUCAAAGACUUGCUUAGUUUAUGGAGAUGGCAGCUUUGAAACAUUUGAUGGACAAAGAUUCUUCUUUGAUAGCAAUUGUCAACACAUUUUUUCUCAGACCUCAUUGGAGGAAGUUGGUGCAUUUAAAAUAUUAGUUGAGAGUGUAGCUUGUUGUGAAAGGGGUGUGACAUGCUCAAGAGUGAUCAAAAUUUUACUUAAGGAUUUAGAACUAAAGCUAAUUGAUGGUAAAGUACAAACUUUAUCUUCCAAUGAAGUCCAAUGCAUAGAAAAUAUAUAUACAAUGCACAUGGUUGGAUUCUAUUUAGUCCUUGAAUUUGCCAAUGGGAUGACAGUGAUGUGGGAUAAAAACACCAGAUUUUCAGUAUCGCUGACUCCAAGGUGGCAAAAUAAAGUAUUUGGCCUCUGUGGAAAUUAUAAUUCCCGUAUUGAAGAUGAUCUAAUGACAAAGUCAAAAUCUUUGGUGACCGAUACUCUGGAUUUUGCACAAAGUUGGUCUUCUCCAAAAACAUGCUCUGAGAAAGCAAUAUUAAUUUCUCCUUGUGACAGAAAUCCAUAUUGUUAUGCAUGGGCUGCAAGGAAAUGCAACAUAAUUAUGAGCAAAACUUUUAAAAAGUGCCACAAAUUGGUUGACCCAAGUGAAUACUACUCUGCUUGUGUUGAUGAAACUUGUGCCUGUGACUUGGAAGGGAGAUUUCUGGGCUUUUGUACUGCUGUGGCCGUAUAUGCUGAAGCUUGUAGUAAAGUUGGUGCUUGCAUUGACUGGAGGACCCCAGAGUCAUGCCCUAUCUACUGUGACUAUUAUAAUGAAGGUGAUGAAUGCAACUGGCACUACAAACCAUGUGGAUCAGCAAUUUCAAAAACGUGUAAUAACCAUCCUAUUGGCAGACAAUACUCGACAUUUCUUGAAGGUUGCUAUGCAAAAUGCCCAGAAAAUGCUCCUUAUCUGGAUGAAAAUACAAUGAAAUGUGUUAACUUACCCCAGUGUACUUGUUAUUUCAAUGGUCUGUUAAUACAACCAAAUGAGGUGAAAGUUACAGAUUGUGGACAAUGCACAUGUCAAAAUGGAACCACCACCUGCGAAAAGCUAGCUACAACAUCAAUGCCAACUGUGAUAACCAUUUCCGCAUUUGAAGAAACAGCUACAGCUACUACAGUUAGUCCACCCACUGAGCCUUUUUGCCACGGUGAAUGGUCUCCCUGGUUUAAUCAAAAUACACCAACAAUUUCCAAAUCAAAAGAUGUGGAACUUCUGUUCCCUAUAAUGGAUAAGUUGUGUCCUCACCCUGAAGAUGUUGGAGACAUUCAGUGUCGAUUUGUUGAUUACCCUGAGAAGCCAAUAAAUGAAUCAGCAGACGAUGUGGUUUGUGAGAAUGAUCUAGGACUGGUGUGUAAAGUCUCUAAAAGUACUUCACGGAAAUUCUGUGAUGACUAUGAAAUUCGAGUUUGUUGCAAAUCUCCUGUGAGAACAGUGCCGACAACACUCAGUGGAACUACAAAGUCCAGUGAAGUAACUCCAUCGGUCCAUGAAGUUAUUAAAGUUGUGAGAUUUGCAUUGCCACAAAGGAAGGUCUCAUAUAUCAUCCAUUUUUCAGUUACAGAGCCAAUCUGCCAUGGUGUAUGGUCUCCCUGGUUUAAUCAAAAUACACCAACAAUUUCCAAACCAAAAGAUGUGGAACUUUUGUCCUAUAUAAAAGAUAAGUUGUGUCCUCACCCUGAAGAUGUUGGUGACAUUCAGUGUCAAUAUGUUGAUUACCCUGAGAAGCCACUAAGUGAAUCAGCAGACAUAGUGUUUUGUGAAAAGGAUCUAGGACUGGUGUGUAAAGUCUCUAAAAGUUCUCCACGGAAAGUUUGUGAUGACUACAAAAUUCGUGUUUGCUGCAAAUCACGUAUGAUAGCAAUGCCAACAACACUCGGUGAAACUACAAAAUCCACUGAAACAUUCACAACCAGGAUAACAUCAACAGUAGCAACAGGAAGAUCAAGCACUUUACAGAUCACCAUCAGUGAGCCAGUCUGCCAUGGUGAAUGGUCUUCUUGGUUUAAUCAACACACUCCAACAAUUUCCAAACCAAAAGAUGUGGAACUUUUAUUUCUUAUAAAGGAUAAGUUGUGUCCUCACCCUGAAGCUGUUGGAGUUGUUCAGUGUCAAUAUGUUGAUUACCCUGAGAAGCCACUGAGUGAAUCAGUAGACAAUGUGAUUUGUGAAAAUGAUCUAGGACUGGUGUGUAAAGUGUCUGAAGGAUCUUCACGGAUGUUUUGUGAUGACUACAAAAUUCGUGUUUGCUGCAAGUCACUUAUGAUGCCAAUGCCAACAACAAUCAGUGAAACAUCCACAUCAGGGUUAACAUUAACCACAGCAUCAACAGGAAAAUCAAGCACUUCACAAGUCACCAUCAGUGCACAGUCACCAACUACAGUGACAGGUACAACGGUUUCUCCUGCAACCAUCCGCACUGGGCCAGGUCCGAGCUCAGGGACACCCAUGACUAGUAGCCGUGUUACUCGGAUUGAAGGGUUAACAUCAGCAGCAGUAACAGGAAGACCAAGUACUUCACAGAUCACCAUCAGUGGUGAGUAUUGUUCGACUCCUUUUCAGAAUAUGAAAGAAAUAUGUUCCAAAACCUGCAUUGCAUCUCCAUAA